GUUAAGGUAAGCCGCAAUAAAAGGCAUGCACUGAAGUAUUUAUUCAGUGUGAGGCUCAAAACAUGAACCUUAGGGAUGCUCUGCGGGGUGCUGCUGCCGCACCGAAGAAAGCAGACUCCUGUAACCGAUCUGUGGAUGAACUUUUCGCCGAGCUUUACAUUUGCGCGAAGAAAGAUUCUGCUGCAAAGGAAGACUAUACCCGCGUACCUCGCUUCCAUUACAAACUCCCACCCGAAGAAGACAUCCUACAACAAAAAUUGCGGGAAGAAUCACGAGCUCUGUUCUUGCAGCGCCGUAAUUCAGAGCUUCUCGAGAACGACGAACUUGAAGCACUUUGGAUACGCCUGGACGAAAACAAAUCGCAGCCUGCACGAGACAAACCUAUGAUCGAUUUUAAGGACUUCAAGCGAGUCGGCCACGAAUGCGGCCCCAAGUUGGCACAGUUUUUCACUGCCAAGGUGUUCAACAAACUUCUUCAGGACGACGACCCUUACGGUCAGAUCUCAAUCAGAUUUUUCUUCGCCUACGUCAUGAAAAAAGUGUGGCUUCACCAGACGCGUGUGGGUUUGUCCUUGUACGACCUCGCUGGACAAGGAUACUUGAGAGAACCGGACUUGGAAUGUUACAUCAGAGAACUCAUGCCGAGUUUGAUCCAACUUGAAGGGCUCGAAAAGUCUUUUCACCAAUUUUAUAUCUGCACAGCUGUACGAAAAUUCUUCUUCUUCCUAGAUCCACUCCGUACGGGCAAAAUAAAAAUCCUCGACAUCUUAAGCUGUCCCUUUCUUGAUGACCUACUCGAACUGCGCAAUGACCAGCUGUCCAGAGCGGACCAAAUGUCUAACUGGUUCUCUGCACCGUCUGCCCUCAAAGUUUACGGUGACUACCUCAACCUGGACAAGAAUCACAAUGGCAUGUUGAGCAGGGAUGAGCUGGCUGGUUAUGGCCGUGGUACGCUCACUAAUGUCUUCAUCCAGCAGUUGUUCCAGGUGUGCCAAACCUAUGACCACGACAUGGACUACAAGACAUACCUGGACUUUGUGCUCGCGCUAGAAAACCGCAAGGAACCACAGGCCUUACAGUACCUCUUUCGUAUCUUGGAUGUCAAGAGCCAGGGAUACCUGGAUGCAUUCACGCUCAAUUAUUUCUUCAAAGCCAUACAGGAGCAGAUUGCAAUAAACAGCCAAGAACCAGUGAACUUCGAAGAUGUCAAGGAUGAAAUUUUUGAUAUGGUUAAGCCGGACGACCCAUGUAAAAUAACGUUGAGAGACUUGAUCCGUUGCGGCCAGGGCGAUGUGGUUGUUAGCAUCUUGAUCGAUGCCAACGGGUUCUGGACUCACGAGAACAGGGAGGCCCUUGUCAGUGAUCUACGUGAAGAGAUUGAAGUUUAGAACAUUUUUUGGUGACCAGGUUUCGUUUUUAAUAAAGUAUUUCCGAGUGAUC